GCGGCGCGACUCAGGAGUGGGAGAGGGCGGCCGCGGGCGCCGCCGCCUCCUCCUCCAUGACUGUUUACCCGGCUGCAUUGUGGGAGUUUGACCUCCGCCGCCAACCGCCGCCUCAGCUCGCGCCGCCGCCGCCGCCGCCGCCGCCGCGCACGCCAUGGGAGCCGUGACUGACGACGAAGUCAUACGGAAGCGUCUUCUGAUUGAUGGAGAUGGUGCUGGUGAUGACCGGAGAAUUAAUCUCCUCGUGAAAAGCUUCAUCAAAUGGUGUAACUCUGGAUCCCAAGAAGAGGGAUAUAGCCAAUACCAGCGCAUGCUGAGUACCCUGUCCCAAUGUGAAUUUUCAAUGGGCAAGACUUUGCUGGUGUAUGAUAUGAAUCUCAGAGAAAUGGAGAAUUAUGAAAAAAUAUACAAAGAAAUAGAAUGUAGUAUUGCGGGAGCGCAUGAAAAAAUUGCUGAGUGUAAAAAGCAAAUUCUUCAAGCAAAACGAAUACGAAAAAAUCGACAAGAGUAUGACGCUUUGGCUAAAGUGAUUCAGCAUCAUCCAGACAGACAUGAGACGUUAAAGGAGCUAGAGGCUCUGGGCAAAGAAUUGGAGCAUCUCUCACAUAUUAAAGAAAGUGUUGAAGAUAAGCUGGAAUUGAGACGGAAACAAUUUCAUGUUCUUCUUAGUACCAUCCACGAACUUCAACAAACAUUGGAGAAUGAUGACAAACUGUCAGAGGUCGAUGAAGCUCAAGAAAGUGCCAUGGAAGCAGACCCUAAGCCAUAGAUGGGCUGCCCGUCCCCAUUGGCAGGGACAUGAAAACCUGCAUGGGCUCACGGGGUUCAGUUUGUUGUGGUUUUGAGAUACUUCAGCUUUGACAGUGAAAUGCUUGCUUUUAAAUUUAAUUCAUGUCUCACUCAUAUUUCUUCUCACAAAGGAAAUAUGUUUAGUGUAUGUAUACUUUUUAAAAUGCAUUUUUAUCUUUAAAGGUAGAAUUCAACAUCUGAAAACAUUUAAUAAAAUGUCUCAAGCUG